UUCUGCAAUUUUUAAUUAUUUUAUAAGUUGAAGAAAGUUAUAUGAACGACAAGAAAUUGUUUCAUGUACAGAUUAUCGUGAAGUUAGUGUAUAACGUGUCAGACCACGUAUGUCAUUCAAACAUACUGAACUGUGUAUUAUAAAAUAAUUCUGUAAGAUGAUUACAGAUGUACAGCUGGCUGUAUUCUGCAACAUUCUCGGAGCAACAUUAUUUUGCUUAGUAUUUCUUUUUCACUAUGUAUAUGCAAAUUAUACGAAAUAAAGGAGUAAUAUGUUGUUACUGAACAUAACCUUAACUUGCACUUUACAUAUAAAAUGGAGUUGUACAUCUACAUAUUAUAUUUUAUACUGAUAAAUAUAAUAAAUCAAAAUAAAUGAUUUAAUACUGAAAAAUAAUUUUGAAACAGAAUGGUAUUUUCUUUAAUUCUAAAUUACAUAUAUAAAUAAUAUGUAAAUUAAAUAUUAAAAAAAUAUUUAUUCAAAAAUAAUCGAUAUAUAUGUAAUAACAUAAUGCAAUAUUGAUAUAAGUUGUAUACAUUUUAUUUCAAAUAAAUAUAUCAUUUUUAAGUACAAUUUUCACAAUAAAAUAUAUAUCAACAUAUAUUUACCUUGCAUAAAUAAUGUGAAAUAAAAAAGAUAGAGAUUAGUUACUAUCUUCAGAGUAUUUUAAAACAACGAAGUUAGUCACUUAUAACUCAUAAUUGUACAUAGUCAAUGUAUUAUUAUGUCUUUUGCAUACAUAGCUACAUACGGAAAAUUCACAAUAUAGUUUUGGACAUUUAACGUGUAAAUUUAGAAAAGUUAAUCAGCAAUGACUGACGAUUCCAAUGGAGAAUCUACAUUCGAAUUUGUUGAAAGAAAGACAGAUGAAUCAUCUACAUCUGGAGAAAUAGUAAAAACGGAUUCUUUUAGCAGUUUAUCAUCAUCAACAUCUUUAUUAAUGCCACUAGGCAUAUCAACAUCUACAGGCAAUUUAUUAUCAAAUGUAGCACCACCUAGUGCAUUACCUAGCUUUAUUUCAAAUUCUGGAACAUUGAUAUCAGAAAGGCCUAGUAAUUUGGAAUCAUCUACACAGAAGAAAUUUCAUGAACAGGAACCUACUAAAUCUAUGUUAAAUACUAUUAUUCAAUCUAAACCAUUACAGCAAGAAACACAUCAAACAACUGUAACUUCUAUUAUUACUCCGUCCACACAAAAUGUACCAACUACAAUACCAUCAGAAACUGUGACUCAAGAUUCAGGAAUGGUUGGAGUUGGUUUAUUGUCAUGGGUUAAAGAAACAGUAGUAAAUAGUAAUGUAUUGAGCAAAGUUGCAGAAAAAGCAAAAAAUAGUGUUAAUACUAUGAUCACAACAUUAGAUCCUCAGAUGCGUGAGUUCAUUUAUUCUGGUGGUGACAUGGAGAUUAUAGUUGCAUCAGACAAAGAUGUUAAAAUAAGUCCUGUACGUCAGGCUUUUCAAACUGUUUUUGGAAAAGCAACAGUAACUGGUGUCUCAGUAGAAACUUCUGCUGUAGCUGCUCAACCAGUUGGUUUUGCUGCUGGUGUAAAAGGAGCAGAAGAGAGAAUUAAUUCUGCACGAAAUAUUCCAACUCUUCCAAAAGAUAUACCUAUAAUUGCAGUGGAAAAUUUUUUGUUAGAAGUUGGUGAAGAUAAGUGGUAUGAUUUAGGGGUGAUACUUCUUAAUGACCCCAAACGUAAUGUGAAUUUACAAACCUUCACUCAAAUGACUCCAGUACCAAGUCAAAUAGUAACAAUGGCACAAGAAGCUACACCUGAAGAUUAUCCUCUUAAAUGGUCUGGAUUGUCAGUUACUGUUGGUAGUUUAAUGGCAAAUAGCUUACAGGUUAAUCACAAUGAAUGGCAUCAUGCACUUACUGGAAUUUCCAGAAGGGACAUUAUACUUUUAGCAGUUCAAUCACUAGCUGGAAUUUAUAAAAAUACAAUUAAUCCUGUCUAAAUUUUUAUGAAGAGUACAUCGACGCAAUUUAUCAAUGAAUUGCGUUUUUGUAAAUAUAAUUAUAAUAAUAGUAUACUUAUAUCAGUUGCAAAAUUUAUAUUUUAGGCUCUUACUUUAAAUAAGUAUCUAACAUUUUAUCACAU